UCUCAAUCCUCAGUUGCUCAUCCUUUUCUAUAUCAUGGAAACCUGGUUCCUCAUCCUCGUCUCCAUCUCCAUUGCUGCCUUUCUCAGAGCUCUCAUCAACCUUUGCUUGCCUUCCAAGAACUCAGCCCUCAACCUCAAACUCCCUCCAGGCCCUUCUAACUUUCCGAUCAUCGGCCACUUUCUAUGGCUUCGCAAAUCCUUCGCCGAACUCGAGCACAUCAUUCGUUCCCUCCACGCCAAGUUCGGCCCUGUUAUCACCCUCCCCAUCGGCCCUCGCCCUUCCAUCUUCGUUGCCGAUCGCAACCUUGCCCACCAAGCCUUGAUCCAAAACGGUGCAGUGUUUGCUGACCGCCCUUCGGCUCUUGCUGUUGGCAAAGUCCUCAGUAGCAACCAGCAUAACAUCAACGCCUCCUUUUAUGGCCCUACAUGGCGCCUCCUCCGCCGGAAUCUCACUUCAGAACUCCUUCAUCCUUCAAGAGUGAAGUCCUAUUCGCACGCUCGAAAGUGGGUGCUGCAAAUCCUCGUUAACCGCUUUGAAUCGCAGUCUAAAUCUGGAAAUCCUGUUCAUGUUUUGGCUGGUAUUCAAUACGCCAUGUUUUGCUUGCUAGUUCUCAUGUGUUUUGGCGAUAAGCUCAAUCAGAAACAGAUUGAAGAAAUCGAGAGAGUCGAGCGAGCUAUGCUUUUGAAUAGUGGCAGCUUCAAUUUACUCAAUUUCUGGCCAAGAUUGUCUAAAAUUGUGUUCCGCAAACGCUGGUCACAGUUCUUGCAGCUCCGGAAGGAUCAAGAAGACGUAUUAAUUCCAUUAAUUAGAGCAAGAAUGAAGGUGAAAGAAGAGAAAUUAAGCAAAUCCAACAACGAAAAUGAUGACUAUAUCCUAUCAUAUGUUGAUACACUUCUAGAUCUUCAACUCCCCCAUGAGAAAAGAAAGCUCAGCGAAGAUGAAAUUGUUACUUUAUGCAACGAAUUUCUUAACGCCGGCACAGACACUACCUCCACGGCCUUGCAAUGGAUCAUGGCGAAUCUGGUCAAGUACCCACAAAUUCAAGAGAAGCUUUUCGUGGAAAUGAAAGGGGUUGUUGGGGACGCAGCAGAAGAGAUAAAAGAAGAAGAAGUGCAACAGAUGGCUUAUCUGAAAGCUGUAGUUUUAGAAGGACUAAGGCGACACCCACCAGGGCAUUUUGUGCUGCCACACUCAGUGACUGAAGAUGCAAAAUUGGGUAACUAUUUAGUGCCCAAAAAUGGGACUAUAAAUUUCAUGGUAGCAGAGAUGGGUUGGGAUCCAAAGGUGUGGGAGGAUCCAAUGGCUUUCAAGCCAGAGAGAUUCAUGGGGAGUGAAGAAGUGUUUGAUAUAACAGGAAGCAGAGAGAUUAAGAUGAUGCCAUUUGGAGUUGGAAGGAGGAUGUGCCCUGGCUAUGGCUUAGCAAUGCUUCAUUUGGAGUAUUUUGUAGCUAAUUUGGUUUGGAAAUUUGAGUGGAAAGCUGUGGAUGGAGAUGAUGUUGACUUGUCUGAGAAGGAGGAGUUCACAGUUGUGAUGAAGAAUCCAUUGCAGGCCAUCUUAUCUUCCAGGUUAAAAAACAUAAGCUGAAAUAGUGUUAGCAUUAGUAGCCAACCCAUCAAUGGGAAACUUGUGGUAGAAUUGCUUAAUAGAUUUCAAUGUUACCUUUUGGUACUGGAGAUUUUAUGACUAUCUGGUGUUCAAUAUAGUUUCUUGGUCAUAUUAUUUUAAUUA